AGCAAGUUGACAGCCCGCGGUAGAACGAGAGGGAAAUACGCGAGGGGAACUAAGCGAUAAUCAGUUUUGGUCAGCGAACGAUAUUGGAUAAUAUAAAUAAAGCACUGCGUCAAAGGAAACCCCAAGAGAAUUUGAGCUGGACAGGAAGCGGGCCCGCCACACCAGCGCCACCGCCUCAAAUACACUCACACACACACACAGACACCAUGGCCACACAGGCUCUGCUGAAGCCGCUCCCGCGGCUAUUCGCCGAGCCAUUCCUGCUUAUCCUGGUCCUCUUGCUCACCUUGGAGGCCAGUGGCGAAAAGGUGCUGCAAGAGAGCUUCAUGGGAAUGCAGGAGCCGUCGGCCCACGACUUGGGUGAACUGCUGCGCGACCUUCGGCUCGUGCCGUCUCGCCUAGACUUUGGAACGUGGUCCGUGGGCCAGGCGCGUUCCCAGACGGUAACGCUGUUCAAUCAGCACGCUAACCGAACGCUCCAGAUGAACGCCGUGGCGGGGCCAAGCCCAGCGUUCUACAGCAGCUUCCUGGGCACCAGGGAGGUGCCGCCCCAGGGCAAUACCACCUUCAAUGUGGUAUUCUUGCCGCGGCAACUGGGCGCCAUUGCCGCGGAUCUGCUCAUCCACACCUCGUUCGGCCAGGCCGAGCUGGCGGUGCAGGGCGAGGGCAGUGAAUGCCCUUACCGCCUCAAGCCGCUGGUGGGGAUUAAGGCGCCCAUGAAUGCGACGCUCACGCCGGAGAUUCAUAUGUACAAUCCUCACGAGCGGCCGCUGCAGAUAUUGGAGAUAUACAGCAGCGGGGGCGAGUUCCAGUUGGAGCUGCCCAGCGGGGGAUCAGAGGGUCCGCAGAAUCUGUGGGAGAUUCCCCCGCACACACUUAAACCGGUUAUACGGAUCUCAUUUCACGGCCGCACCGCCGGCAACCACAGCGCCUACAUACGCAUCAAGAUCGCUGAGCAGGAGCUGGACAUGGGCCAGGAGAACGUCCUGGUCAUACCUGUAGAGUUUGAGAUUCUGCCGCGACAUUCGGCGUAUGCCCGGAAUCCGCUGGCAGACUUUGGUCGUCUGGCCACCUUGAAUUCUCCUGAAGCGCUGCAGUUUAAGCUGGAUGUUCGCAAGGAUCAGAGUCACCGACUCUUUGGUAGCUAUCUGCGCAAGAUUCCGGGCCUCUCGUUUGAUGCCAACAACACGAGCAUCGUGCUGGAUCCCCGGCUGUUCGAGGGCAGCGAGUCCAUAAACGAUCUACUGGUGAUCAAUAGCAGUAACCAAUCCAGUUCAGAUACGGACACGGAUCCGGCCUUCACGGUGCUGGUACGUGCGGAGAUCUUCCACGGCGGACUCUCCUACGAUGGGAAUAUCACCAAGUUUGUGUCAAGCUCACUGGAAGACGGUGAGACUGCACCACCGCUGGAGAGGAAACGUUCGCUGAUAGUAAGCAACAACUUUGCCCAGCCGCUCAUCCUGUUCAACGUCAGUCUCAGUGCACCAGUGGACGAAUCCCUCUUGGAGGUAACCCUACUGGGCGAUCCCAGGAUAGUGCUGCAGCCCGGCGAGGCCGUGGAACUGCUGCGACUGAAUUUGCUCAACGAAGAUGUGCCGUUCGAGUCCUUCCUGCGAAUCGAAACGAAUGUCACGAUCUUUGAGCUGCCCCUGGUCUCAUGCAGUGGACGCCUGCAUGUAUCGACGCAGCCAUUCAAGCUCAAGCUUGACCAGGACGUGCACAAGGAGGAUGCUUACAGCCUGGACCUGGAUCUGGGCACAGUGCCAUUCGCCGAGAUGUCUCGCGAUGGUUUCGUUCUCCUGCACAAUGACAAUCCUGUUCCCGUAAAGAUCACCAACUGGUUUUUCAAGCAUCCAAAGACCGUCUACUCGCAGAGCACCUUCCUGGGCUGUCGGAGGCGGGAAGAUCGGGAACGCGUUCAAAACGAGAGCAGCCCUUGGCACCUCUGCACCGAGUUGCGUCCUGGCGAUAGCGCUGUCUUCAAGGUGGCCAUUCAGACGUACGAGGCUGAGGUUACCUAUGGCACCCUUAAGGUGUGGACGCCCUACGAGCUGAUCCGCGUGCGCGUUAAGUUUGAGGCCUCAGUGGGACAGCUGGAGAUCGAGCAGGAGCAGCUUGAUUUCAAGAACUGUUUUCCCGGCAAGAUGUGCUCUGCAGUGCUCAGCAUCCGUUCCAGCUUCACGCAGGCGGUGCAUGUGAAAAGCAUAUCCUUUGCCCGACCUCUGGGUCUGCGCUUCAAGGAUUUCAAUGCCAAGGGCACUACGAUUGCUCCGCAGACGCUGACCAAGGUGGGACGCAUAUACUUCGAGCCGGCGGCCAUGUGUAGGAAUCAAUGCUACAUCAAGGAGUCCACGAAGGAAGACGAAAUAUUUUUAUCCGAUGCCAGCAAUUGCCUUGUCAACAAUAAUCUCAUCUAUGAUGGAGUGGAGCUGCGCCAGCGCACGGAGCUCUUCCGGCAACUGCGACGCCAACUGGCAGCCAUGUCGCUAACCCUGCACAGCGAGGAGUUACCUCCCUUGGAGCUGGACUUUGCCAUAAAUAUCGAGUGGCCGAAGCUAGUGCAGUUCCAGCCGAUACCGCCCACGCCGGCCAUCGAGGUGGGCCAGGUGCAGCGCCAGUGGAUUACGCUGACAAAUCCCUCGCAGCAUCCGCUGCUACUGGACUAUUAUCUGUCGGAUCCUAUGUUUGCCCGUCGGACGCAGUUAUCCCUACCGCACGAAGUCAUUGACGUUAGCUCCACGAGUUGCUAUCUUACGGACAAGAAGGUCUUUUCGCUGCCAGACGCUGGGAAUCCCAUUCUGCUGCCCGGCGGAGCCAGCCUUAAUAUACCCAUCACCUUCAGUGCCCAGCAGCCGGAGAAGUACUGCACCCUGUUGCACGUGCGGAGCAAUCUCACUCUCUACGAGGCCGUCUGGCUGCAGGCUCGAGCCGUGCAGUCACAGUUCCGUUUCGGCAAUCGUCGUCCAGGAUCUGCGUCUCCUCUGCUCUUUGAGCUUUCCACCGAUCAGUUCCAAGGCUGUCAGUCUGGUAAUGGAGCUGUGGUGGCCAGUCGGAGUUUUACGGCCCGCAACUCUGGUGUUAUCCCGAUGAGGAUCGAGGGCUUUCUCAUUGGCUCCCUGCCCUGCGAGGACUUUGGCUUCAGGGUGAUGGACUGCGAAGGCUUCGAGUUAGGUGAGAAUGAGACGCGCAAGGUGGAGAUCUCCUUUAGCACGGACUUUACUUCCUCGCGUGUCAAACGCUCCCUGACGCUCCUCACGAACCUCAGCUACGACAUCAGCUACCAGCUGCUGGCCCAAAUGCCGUCGGAAAGUGUGGAGCUGUGCGCCUCUGUCCUGGUUAGACCGGGAUGGGAGUCAUCACUGAAGAAUGCUGCCCUCGUGGUACUCUUAGCCAGCUUUGGUCUAGUCCUGGUGGCCGCUGUCUUUGAUGCGAAAGCCAUAAUGGCGCAGCAGAAUGCCUACGAUGCCGCCAGGAAUAAGGGACCCCUGCAGCCUACCUUUAAUCUGCGGAAUAUUGUGAAGAUGCAGGCGGAGGAGGCAGCGGCCAAGGCAGAGGCAGUGCAGCAGCAGCAGAAGGCCAAGAAUGGUCAGCUUAAAGAACUGCGCAAGCGGAGUGUUCUGGCCACGACAGCUCCUCCGCGAAAAGCCAAGUCAUCGUGGACACCCUGGAGCAUGGACAUGAAUGUCCUAAGCAAGCAUCUGCAGAAAUCCAAGCCAAAGCCAGCGGCGGGUAACCCUGUGACACCUCCGACUUCUACUUCUUCCUCUAACCAAACGGAGGUAAAACCUAUAAAGAAGUCCUCGACACCAUCGCCCCAAACAGCUGCCGCUCCAAUUUCAGUGCGACCACAGAAGAAGAUGAAGCCUACGUCUAUAGUGUCACCUGUGCCAUCGAAACCAAAGCCGGAACCCUCGACGCCACCAAUUGUAGAGAUGUACGAGAAGCCCCUGGUGAAAUCUAGUCCUCCGCAGCAGGAGAACAUCUCCCCAAGGCCCAACAACAACAAGGUUCCAGAACAGCGAGUGGUGCUCAAGGAGCAGAACGGGUCGACCAAAAAAAUGGGCAAAACCCCUGGCAGGGAGCGGGAGAGGGAGCGCCGCAAGGAACAGAAGGCGGUGAACGGCUCCGCUGGGACUGGAGUGGGAGCCAGGAAACCAGAGCGGAAACAACGCCAGAAGCUUAACUUUGGCCAGUCGAUGACGAACAGCACCUCGCCCCCAGCUUCGCCAGAUGCCAUCAAGUGCAUAUCCUCGCCUUGGGAGACAAGCAGUAAGGUCUCCUUUAGCGAGGUUUUGCAAAAGAAAGAAUAUGCAGCCACCAGCAAUGGCUUAGACUGGAGUCAGGCUUUGUCUUCGAGUGAUCUCGGGCCAAUAGGAGACAGCCGAAAGAACUCCACGCCGCCGGCGGUAACGUCAUUAUGGGAACCCCUCUCAGCCACGGCUAGCAACUCGCUGUUUGCCAAUGGGGACGUAGAUCUUCCCACAGGAGAUGCUAUUUACGAGCAGCAGGAACGGGAACGACAACAGUGGCAGCGCAGCGAGUUGAUUAUGCAGCAGCAACUGCUCCUCCAGCAGGCCCAGCAGCUGGAGUUGCAGCAAAGGCAACAGCAACAGCAGCAACUGCUGGCGAAUUUGGAGACGAAUAACUGGGCCAACCACUGGUCGCCCCUGGGCUUCUCCUCCUGGCCGGAUGUUGCCACCAAUACCCUAGGGGUCAUGCGUCCGCCGCCAGGUCUGGAGCAGAAUUUGGCUCCACGUCAGAUGCUGGGAACAGCGCACAAUCUUGCACAAGAACCGGGGGUAGCGGGUAGCAACAGAACUGAGGCAUCAGUUCCGGGCGAGAGCAGCCUGCCCACACAGUACGAUCCCUUUACUUCGCCCAGCUCAAUUUGGUCGGACACCUGGCGCCAGUCCUCGCAGCGCAACAACAGCAACAACCACAUGAACUAACAGGGAGGACGAGGAGCAAGCUCACUGAUCAAACCAAAUGAAAUUCUUACCACUUAGAUUCACCUAGGAUACUAGGAUACGCGACGAGGCAGGAACGCAGCAAGAUCUUUUCCAAUUUGACUUUUGACUAAUAAAUGCAAAGAUAAUGACUUUCUUA